CAAUUGUUUGAAUAAGACUGACUACCAGAGCAUGGAUGGUUUAUUCUCAAAACGAAGAUGUUUUAACGGGCACACGGCAUUUGGAGUACAUGAUAAGUUGUACCAACAUGAUGCCAAAAUGAAGAUAGAUAAAACAAAGCUGAAAAAGGCUUCUUCGGAAGUGCCUGCAGAUUGCAGGGUCAUUAUAGAGCGCAUAAAGGCUGUCUCACAGGAAAGCCUCUUGCAGGAAUUACAAGCUUUGAAAGCCUCUACAUUUGUUAAGUGCGAACUUUUUCACUGGAGCGAUGUCUUGGACAUUUUUGAUGAAGUUCUUGAAAGAGGAUGUAAAAAGGAGAAAGAUACCUCCUGGAUUUUGGCCUGUGAUCGACCAGAAAAUGGAGAGUUGAAGACACUACUGCUCCAGGUGCUCAGCUUUACGUCAAUGCUAAUUGAGCAUAGCUUCUCACGUCAUCUCUACAAUUCCAUGGAGCACCUGACUUCCCUCCUGACCUCCUGUGACAUGACUGUCGUCCUAGAAGUUCUCAACCUGCUCUAUGUUUUUAGUAAGAGGUCCAACUUUAUAACGCGGUUAAGCAACGAGAAGAAGCAGGGGCUGAUCAUUCAGCUAACACACCUGGCUGAGAGUUGGGGAGGGAAAGAUAAUGGCUUCGGGCUGGCUGAAUGCUGUCAGGAUGCUACCAUCUCGGAGUUUCCCAGUAGUGCCACAACUCUGCAUUUUGAAUUCUACCAUGAGAACCCUGAAGAAAAAUCUGCAAGGAAGGGUUCAGCCAAUAUUGUGACCUCCAUUCACGUUGAAAAUGUGGACAAGAUCGGUAAAAUACCCUCACAGAUUAUGGAAGAUAUUGUUUCUGCUUACGAGUUGCAGAAAAUGCCACAAAAGAAACAGACCCUGUUGUAUACACACAUUAGACUGGCACACCUGUUUUCACGCUAUGAGACCAGAAUUCAGUGUGUACAAGCCAGGCUCCAGUCUAUUGCCAUACUAGUGUACUCCAAUGCCAUACAAGACAACAUCAACUCACUGCUCUAUCCUGGCUUUAUUGAGGAACUGGUGGACAUUGUGGAGCUCAAGACUAACGAAAUUGUAGACAUCAAGAGUGCUGCUCUGAGAACACUGACCUCCAUCAUCCAUCUCGAGAGAAACCCAAAAUUGAGCAACAUAGUGGACGCGACUGGUGCUGCCUCCUACCAUGGGUUUCUGCCGACCCUGGUCAGAAAUUGCAUACAGCAUAUGACCGAUGCCGAUAUGAAGGCGUUCCCGCUGUCGUACGCCACAGCCUUGUUCUCCUUCCUGUAUCAUCUAGCCAGCUAUGAAAGUGGUGUGGAGGCCCUUGUGUCCUGUGGGAUGAUGGAAUCUCUACUGAAGGUCAUCAACUGGUUUGGGGUGGGACAUGACCAUAUCACGUUUGCGACGCGUGCGGUGCGAGUUGUCGACCUGAUAACAAACCUGGACAUGGUCACCUUCCAAACACAGGGUGGCCUACAGUCCUUUAUAAACAGACUUGAGCAUGAGGUGUCGAUAUGUCGAGCUGAGCAGCCAUUUGAAAUCCGUCCACCGCGUAGUGACUCCAUUCUCGAUUCACAACCGGAGUCACCUCCCCUUGCUAUGGAAACAGACACGCCCCAUGAUGACCAUGUCAGUGAGGACACGCCAACCCAUACUGACUCCUCCCCCGAGUCAGCCUCUGGGGCUGGGGCGACCGCUAUGGAGGUAAACCCUGAUAGGCCUUCAACAUCAACGGGAAUCAUGCAUGAUCCAGAUCUGCCCCCGCUACCAGACUACUCUGCUGCUAAAACUGGCCGUCAGUGUUUUCCCCAGCGAGCAGCACUGCUGAAGUCCAUGCUCAACUUCCUCAAGAAAGCUAUACCAGAGCCAGCCUUCUCUGACAGCAUGAGGCAUUUGAUGGAUGGAUCAUUACCAAAGUCCCUGAAGCACAUCAUCAGCAAUGCUGAAUACUACGGGCCUUCACUCUUUCUGCUAGCAACGGAUGUCGUGACAGUAUACGUGUUCCAGGAGCCAUCGCUGCUCUCCUCCCUACAAGAUAAUGGCCUUACUGACGUUGUGUUACAUGCUCUUCUUAUCAAAGAUGUUCCAGCUACAAGGGAAGUAUUGGCAUCCCUACCGAAUGUGUUCAGUGCCCUGUGCCUCAAUGCACGAGGUCUCGAGUCGUUUGUCAAGUGUCAGCCAUUCGAGCGACUCUUCAAGGUGUUGCUUUCCCCGGAUUACCUGCCCGCCAUGAGGAGACGAAGAUCUGCUGACCCAUUUGGCGACACAGCAAGCAAUCUGGGCAAUGCCAUGGACGAUUUAAUGAGGCACCAGCCUUCACUCCGCAUUGCUGCCACCAAGGGGAUCAUCAGGUUGCUUCAAGAAGUGAACCAGAUGGGUAGUGACAAGCAGUAUGUAUGUCAAAAGCCAGCCCCAAAGGCAGACCAGCUGUUAAGCGUGCGGUCGCCCCAGGUGCAGGAUGGGGGGUCAUCAGAUGAGGAGGAGGAGGAAGAGGAGAUGACAGGUGCCUCUGCAGCAGGGGGCGUUGCAGGUGUGGUGUCAGCGGAGAGUCAGGAGGGGGCUGGGACCAAACCAUUACAAUCAGAAUCAUCACAAAGUGGGGCCACAGCCCAGUCGUCAGGUCCAGACAAGCAUGCAAUACCCCUAAUGGACUAUGUGCUUAAUGUGAUGAAGUUUGUUGAGGCUAUACUCAGUAACAACUCUACAGAUGACCAUUGCCGCGAGUUUGUCGGACAGAACGGCCUACCUGAGCUUAUGGAAAUCCUUGGACUGCCAAACCUGCCGAUAGAAUUUCCAGCUUCUCCAGCAUGUCAGGCCGUCGCCUCAGUCUGCAAGGCCAUAUUGACGUUACUACGAGAUCCAAAAGUGCUUGAAGAAGGCCUGAAGAAGCUGAACACUGUGUUAGAAAGCCUUGAACCCCUACACCAGCCUCUAGAUCCCCCAGGAGGCUCUGUGUUGUUACGAGAACUCGCCAUUGUGGCCCACAUACCGGACGCAACCCUUUCACCCUCGGCUACACCGUUGUUACAUGCCCUCUCCUCGGCGCAUGCGUACAUUACAAUGUUCGUGCAUGUUUGCAAGAUGGGGCAGACUGAUAUGAGAAAUAUCUCGGUGAGUCACUGGGGCUCGCCACUGGGUCAGAAAGUGUUGUCUGGCCUCAGUAAGCUGUACACGUCACUCGUAUGGGAGAGCACAGUCCUUCUUGCCCUGUGUAGUGAGGAUAAAUUACCAUCUGAUACAGACUUUGGUAGAGCUGAUAUGAACAAACUCCUUCCUAAAGACUUCAAGGUGGAAUCUGAGAGUAAGGAGGAGGAUCUGUUAUCCAGAGCCUCUGUGAGCCCUGGGAGUAAUGGUGUUAGCCAGGCGAUGGAGUCGCUGUCAACUUCAGAUGCCCCAAUAAACAUGGAGACAGAUGAUACGACGCCAGGAGAGAAAGAGGGAAAGAAGACAAAGUUGUCUCCUGCGUUGCAAGCUCAAGUGAAGCAGUUGAAGCCCUUGAUGACAGUUUCUUCGAGGCUUGGGCGAGCGCUGGCAGAGUUGUUUGGACUUCUGGUGAAGUUGUCUGUUGGUGGACGUCUCCGACAGCGUGGAAAUCAAAUGCCGCCGACAAUGCCGAUAGUUCCGAAUCCAUCAGCUCAAAGCCUGGCCAAGUGGUUGUGUAAACUGUUGACAGAUGGGAUCAAAUGGGAACCUCCUCAGUAUUCACCACACCCUAGACUUAGGUUGACAUUCCUGGUAUGUUCACUGGGGUUCACGUCUGUGAUGUUGUUCGACGACAAGAAACAACCCUACCAUCUCAUGCUUCAGAACUUCAUGGAGUGUGAUGGACAGACAGCACUCUUUGAUGUGUUCAACUGGGCGUUAUCCAUCAAUGGAUCUGUGGCCUUGAAUGAAGGGCUGGAGGACCCAGCACUACCUUUAGGUACUGGGAGUUUCCUGGACGCAUGGCUCAUGCUGAUUGAGAAGAUGGUCAACCCGAAGACAGUACUCGAGUCCACACAUCUGCUCCCGGCCAAAGCCACAGGCACCUUCCUCAAGCCCUUUGACCCCAUACAGUACCUCAUAGGGGCUCAGAAGGCUGCGUUCAUGGCCGUUAUGAACCUGUGGAACAAGAAGCCCUUGAAGGUGUUUGGUGGCCGCAUGUCUGAGUCCAUCCUAGCCAUCCUGUGCCAUAUAUUCAAAGCAGAGACCAUUAUACAGGAGCACCUGUCAAAGCAGAAGAAAGAUGAAAGUAAUGGGGCCACUGCAGGCCCCUCGUCCGCCGCUGCCGGGGCCUCAGGUGUCGGAGCCGCAGGGUCCAGCUCAUCAGGGACCCUUGUGGGGGCCUCGACUGCCAGGCCAGUCAACGAGGGAUAUGUCACCGCGCUGAUGGAGAUGGGGUUCACUCGUGCCAGCUGUAUAGACGCCUUGAACCACACCCAGACUCUGGAAGAGGCCACAGAGUAUCUACUUACAAACUUUGACCCCACUGCUGCAGAGCCCCCAUUCAGUAUGCCCGAAAUAGCAGGAGUGGACUUGGAUGAAGAUGAACAAAUGAUGCAGGCAAUAGCUCUCUCACUUAAACCUGAAGCCAAGGCUGAAGAGGAAGCCAAGAAAAAAGAAGCUGAGAAGGCCGCUGCUGAGACUGAGCAGAAGAGAGAAGACAGCCAGGAGCCUCUGAGCAAGGCCACCCUGGACAACUUUACCAGCAACCUAUUCCCAGGCUGCCUGGCCCUGCUGGACAUGCUGCCAGAGACAGUGUAUCGUGUCUGUGAGCUGCUUAUUGUGGUCACUCAGAGGAACGGUCAGGAGUGGCAGAACAUGGCCCUCAAUACAUUAGUUGACGAGAUAAAGAAGCUAGCUCGAAGUAUCCUGUCGUUGUCCUCUCCAUCAGACUUCUCAAACCCCAUAGCAGAGCAGGAUGCCUCCAAGUUUGCUGUCCGCAUACACCUCUUCACUCUGCUGUUUGAAGAGACCAUGAUGCCGUGUGCAGAAGCCGUAGAGAACAGCGAUCUGACUGAGCUGUUAGUCCAGGUUAUGAUGGCUGGCAAAGAGUACUUGCUCGCUGUAAAGAAUGCUCCAACCCCAAAGUGGCUGGCUCCACUACUGUUGUUGCUGGAUUUGUAUGAGAAAGUUUCCGUCAUAUCAAGAAGAAAGUUGGAUGCUGAGGUCUCCAUGAACAACUGUCACACCUGGAAAUGGUUUGAUGACUCGAAUGGUCGCUGGUGCAAGUAUACUGCAGGGAAUAACAAGACGAUAGACGAUGCCUACCAGGCAGGGGAGAGUAGUAUAAGAUUCACAGCCGGACGACGACGCUACACCGUUCACUUUAGCUCCAUGGUUCAGAUCAACGAGGACACUGGAAACAGGAGGCCAAUUAUGUUGACUCCGCUCUCAACGAUGGAAAUAAAACAGUCAAAUGAAAAGAAAGAGGAAAACACAUCAGAGGCCCAGGCAGUGUCCGACAGUAAGGUGGAUAAGAUGGACACAGAUUCUGGGGCCUUGACAGAGGACAAAGCUGCGGUGAAAGUUGUGACGGGCCUCACAUCAGCACAGAUAUCAAAUAUCAUCAGCUCUGUAGUGAGUAUGAUCAGUGUGCCAGUAGAAGCUGAGACUCUACACGCAGCCUUACGCCUGAUCCUGCGACUGACACGGGAACACAAGUAUGCUUUGCAAUUUGCUGAGCUGGGCGGUCCUCGACUGUUACUUGGGCUUACACAGGCGUCGGCGUUCCAGGGAUUCUUGUCACUCGUCACACUGAUCUUCAGACACAUUCUUGAGGAGCCGGCUUCACUGAGAUACUGUAUGGAGAAGGUGGUGAAGAACUCGUGUUCCGGUGCAGGGUCAAGUAUUAGUGGUGUAUCACAAAGGAGUUUCGGGGCCAAGGAGAUGAACUAUGUUCUACGUGUACUCAGCCCUGCAGCUUGCCGUGACCCACACCUGUUUGCCGAGAUAGGCAAGGAGUGCAUGAGGAUUGCCCUACCUCCCCCGUCUAAACGAGAUGAGGAAGAGUCACGGUUAACGGGUCCAAACGCUCCCCAGAUUCUGCGGUGCAUUGCGACCAAGCAGAUGUCCAGUACAACAGUUGUCUCCCCCAUGAAGGAUGUGGUAGAGAGCUUACUGGACGGCCUUGUGGUCAAAUAUGCGUGGAAUAAUGAAGAUGGUGCUGGUGGAAGUGGAGAGGGCAAGAUGUCCCAGUCACUAUCGGAGGUUUUAGAACAGGUGGUUACUGAGCUAACAGAUCGGCAGUCUGAGAUCACUAGGCAAAACAGCACGGCUGAGAUGUUACACACUGAAGAUGAUCAGGUCAAUGCUGAGGGUAGCAGUGAUGGAGCCAACAAGGGUACAGAUGGGAAAUCUGGGGAAGACAAACAGAUACAGAAACCCUUGUUAACGAAGUCCAACAUCCUAAGGAUCCUCUCGGAGAUCAUAAAGUCGUACUGUAACUGCACACAGCUUGUGACCCAGCAUAUGUACCAUGCUAAGCAGUCAGAACUGCUUGAAGAGGACUGCUCAGUGCUAGCGUUUGUACUGGAUCACUUACUUCACGCAAGUGGUAACAUGGGUGAUAAAGACUGUCCCGCUCUUUCCCGCGUGUUCAUCGCAAGUAUUGCAUCAUGCAACCACUGUCCCGAGGCGCAAUUGACCCUCGUCAGUGAGGUGAAAUCUGCGCUCCAACGAGCUUUAGGCCUGCCAGAGAGCUCAGACAAACACACACGUGUUCAGGCAUUGGUGGGCAUCAUUAACACUAUGAUAGAAUCGUGUCCCACCCCUGGCCAAGUCCCGAAUCAAGUGUUCAAAGGGCAACAGACUUUAAUGAAUAAUAUGGUGAAAAACUUGUUAAAGAGAGGCUUAGUGACAGAUUUAGCGCGGAUUCCGUAUAGUCUGGAUCUAUCUAGUCCAUUUAUGGCAGCAACAGUGAAUGCUGGUCUCAAGCCGCUGGAGACAUUGUCGCGCAGUGUGAACCAGCAUAGUCAAGGUGGUGUUACUGCAAAGCAGAAAAAGACCACGGCUGAUGUGCAAGAGUCUGCUGAGAAUAAUACGACUACUCCUAAUGCUCCAGAAUCCCAGGAGGCCCAGCAGCCAGAUGGGAAUGAAGUAUCGAUAGAGGAAGUUCUCAACCCAUCACAGUCAGAAGGCUUAGAAGAGACACACCAGGAAUCUGUAGUUGAACCUGCUGCUGGGACAAAUGAACUUGAUGAUGUGAUAGAUGACCUUCUCGAUCGAGGUCAAGGUGGCGACCCAGAGUCCCAAGUCAUGGGGGAGAUCAUCAUGGACACUGACCAGCCUGUGGAUGACCAAGAUGUUCUAGUGGACGUGGACAUAGAGGAAGGUGAUCUGGAUGACCACCACGACUCACAGAUGAUCUCACAACUCAUCUCUGAGACAGAUGAUGAUGAUAUUGAUCAUACACAGAACAUCACAGAUCACAUGGGUGAAGCUGAAGACACAGCGGACAGUGCUUCAGAUGCAGAUGAUGAGGACAAUGAUGGAGAUGAUGAUGACGAUGAUGAUGAGGACGAGGAUGAUGAUGAAGAUGAAAGAGAUGAAGAGGACAAUGAGGAUGAAGACAGUGAGGGUUCGGAUAUGGAUGCGGACAACUAUGAUUUCCAGCCUGAGAAUGCCCCGUUUGGCCGUAUGCCAUUCGGUCGUACAUUCGCAGACCAGGGAAUGUUCAUGCAUGCUGACGAAAUGUUCACCGGAGGCAGUAACCAGCAUGUGUUGUUUAAUGCCCUCGAUAAUGGUGGCAACAUUCGAACCUACCAGGUGCCCAUAUCCCUCCAUGACAACGACAACAAUGGCAACGACGCUGCCGCGCCAAGUGUUCCUCCACCCCCAAGCAACGUGUCGAUGAUCCACCCCUUGUUGGUUCGCCAGUCCGAUCCCCAGGGUGUGGCCUCGCGUCUCCAGCGAGGGAGGGGCCGUGGUGGUAUGUGUAGAUACAACCCGGGUACCCAGACUCUACAUGUCAACUUUCCACGCCCACCCAAUCCACCAGUCAUCCUGCAAAGGCUUCUUGGUCCAAGCACCACAGCAGACAUCCUGCAGUUGACAAACUCCCUGAGCACCCAGGCCGGCCCUGCCCACACCAGAGUUGUACUGGCCAACAGCAAUCUGUCCAUCUCCCGGCCAGACGAGGAAAACAUUCUGGAAGAACUGUAUCAGGAAACAUUCCCAGAUGCCAGCAGCGGUGUAGGUCCGAGCACCUUGUCCAACAUUCCCAACACUCUGAACAGGUGGACAGAGGAGGCGAAGGUCUUGGACGGGGACAGUGUGCAUGACUGUAUGGCAGCAAUCAAGCCAGAGAUCGUGGAUGUGUUGGAGCGUUACAGGGAUGAGGAACUAGCAGAGAGGCGUGAGAAACGUCGUAAAGCUGCAGAAGAGGAGGCUGCCAAGAAGGCUGCAGAGGAAGCGAAAAAACGGGAGCAGUCAACAGGCGAACAAAACAUGGAGGUGUCAGUUUGUACAACAAGUGCUACUAGUACCCUGGGGACAGAUGUGAGCAAUAUCCCUCUGCCAGGGGAGACUACUGCACAGACAACCUCAACACCGGCUACACUUAAUGCCAGUGAGGCUGCGAGUGUUGCUGAGGCCCUAACAGAACGGAUAUUUGACAACAUCAGCGGCAUGUCAUCUCCCCUUACCUCCAGCUCUGUAACAUCAUCAGCCCCUCCUGUGGAGACAACAAUGGGGAGUUUCCAGGCUAUGCCACCCCUGACAAGCUCCGCCCAACCCCAAGCCCCCCUUCCCAUGCAGACCCCAGUAGGGGCUGCCCUGGGGUUAGGCUCAAGGCCACCCUUGCCCCCGCCUCCAAGUAUUGGUUUCACACCGGACAUCAUACCCAUGUAUCCGGGAGGCCCUGCUCUUCCACAGUCGCUUGUUUCUAGUUCUCCCCUAAUAGGGCCUCCCCCGACAACACUACAGUUCACACCAGGCCCGCUGCCUCCAGCAGUUAACCAGAUUUUUGCCCCUCCGACAUUGCCUGUGCCUCCUCCACCAAGUUUUCCAACCGACCUUACAGCUUCAUCAUCACCAGCUACACUCGGUUCAUCGAAUGUUACAAGCUCUAGCUCCACCCCAGCAGGUCAGGUGCCCAUUUUCCCGCCCCUCAGUAUGAGCACCCCAUUCCCGGUUCUGCCCACCCCAGCCCCCACCCAGGGGAUGUUUGGCAAUGUGCCCCCUGCUGCUUUGUACACCCCAGCCAACCAGGUGAACCCAACAACUACACCUCAGGCACCUAGGGUCGACAGGACUGGAUAUGCAAGCAACCUGCGAGAGAUAUUUGAGUCUUACAUGAGCACAAACUUCCCCCUGACGCCCUUGACAAACACGACUCAGUCGAGUGACCAGCCCUCCAGCCGGCCAAGCAGUACAACCCCUGGUCUUGCUAUGAGUAAUCUGGCUUCUCUGUUGGUCGGUGGUGACAAUGACCAGUCCGGGCCAAGCCCUGUCAUCACCUCGUCUAGCGGGUUUGGAAGGUUAGGGGGCAGGGCUCGCACCUCUGCCCUCACAACAUCCUCUCUGGGGCCUACUCUACCCCCAAGGGUUGAAGCGGAGUCUGGGAUGAUCACGCCAGAGGAUAUAUCUAAUAUCACCAGUUCGGAUGGGGCCACUGUACAUUCAUCACGCUCAGAGAGUCCCCAGGAGGUGGACAGGGCCUUAGUGAACCUGGGACCUGCUUCAGGGGUCAAUCCAGCACCUUCCGCCGACAGCAGUUCAGCAGAGGGUGUGGCCACCUCUGCUGCUCCCCCGGUUGCCAGUUCCAGCUCCCUAGCAUCUAGUGAGCAGGGUGCCAGUGGUUCUGCGCCCAGUGUGCCAGAGGGGCUUGAUCCCUCAUUCCUGGCUGCUCUGCCUGAGAAUAUACGAGCAGAGGUUAUUGCUGAUCAUCUGCGGAUGCAGCGUAUACAGCAACGUACAAGGGAACAGCAGCAGAACACGCCCCCUGGGGGUAUGGAGGUGAAUGCUGAGUUCCUAGCUGCUCUGCCACCCAAUAUACAGGAGGAGGUGCUAGCCCAGCAGCGUAUUGAGCAGGAGCGUAUUACGGCCGCCCAGAAUCCCACGACCACCAACCCUGAGGCACCUGUGGACCCAGCCAGCUUCUUCGCAACCCUUCCUUCGUCACUCAGACAGUCUGUCUUGGCCGACAUGGAUGACACCAUGAUGGCUGUACUGCCCGCUGAUCUCGCUGCCGAGGCCCAGGGUCUCCGACGGGAGCUGGAAGACAGACAUAGGCGGAUCAUGCAGGACAGAUUGUUCACCCAGCCGGGCUCUAGUGGGUCCCUCUCAUCUAUAUUGAGACAUGCGGGUAUGCUCGGAACAAUACGCUGCACUUUAAGCCGGAACCAGCGAGCGGGCCAAGGCUUCAGUUUUGGAAAUCGGGACCGAGAAUUCCUCCCAGCUCUGAAACUGCGGGGCCGACACCUGCUAGACCAUGAAGCUCUGACUUGUCUCCUAGUCCUGCUGUUUGUUGACGAACCCAAGCUCAAUACGGGACGUCUCCAUCGGGUUUUACGAAACUUGUGCUACCACGGGCCCACGCGUGCAUGGGUGCUUCAAGCCAUGAUGUCGAUCCUGAAUAGAACUGCUGAUACCCGGGUUGAUGUGGAGGAUAAAACAAAGACUCCAAGUAGUGAUAAGGGUAAGGGGAAGAAAUCUCAGUCACAGACCCCUAUGCAAACUGAGGGGCCCUUAGGGUCCAGGAUCGAGGCGCGAAGUCAGGGCUCGUGGUUGUCUAUUAGCCUUGAGGCUGCUCUUGGUUGCAGGGCGAAUGUGUUUCAGAUUCAACGAGCCCCAGGUAAGAAGCAUACAUCAAGUGCCAACGCCAUGGUGACUAUACACGCUCAAGCUGCGCCUAUAGUGUGUAGACAUGUGUUAGAUGCUCUUAUUUCACUAGCUAGGAUGUUCCCUAAUCACUUUCUGCCUUCCAAGGCUAAAGAGGUGCAAAAAUGUGAUAGUAAAGAUAAAGAAACAGAUGCCAAGUCUAAGACUUCUACAAGUGCCACAGGUGCAACGCCCAAAGUAAAAUCUAUAGAAAAGACUGACUCUAAAACAGAGUCGCGAGAAACAGACUUCUGGGAAUUACUAGUGAAACUUGAUUCUUUAUGCAGUAGUAAAAAAGGCAAAGGAAUUCAACGGACACAUAGUACUUUAAGCAAUGAACACGAACCAGGGUUUAGAGACUUUGACACCUCCCCUAUUGGUCAGCUAAUGGUCAUGCUGUCUCACCCAGUGAUCAAACGGAGUCAGCUGCUGACCGAUCGUCUCCUCAGAUUAUUGGGGCUGGUCUCACGGGGCCUGUGUGACAAUGGCCCCUCUGUGAUAGGGACCACGGGACUUUCGAGGGCACAGGAAGUGACCCCUGCAAUUGUGCGCAGAGUGGAGAAUACGGCUUCUUCACUGUCACAGGCUGCUGCUCAGGCAACGGGUGGAGAGACCAACAGUCUACCUGCCACUCCGGCAGCCACCACAGACACUCAAAAGAAAACAGAGGCAGUGGAAACUGGGAAGAAAGAGCCCGAAAAGGAGGAGGAGGAAGCCCCCAUCUUAGAACGCCAGCUCGCGACGGCCGUGGAGGUCCUCACUUCAAAGGCAUGUUCAGAGGAGGGCCUGGAAGAUGCCACAACACUUCUGCUGCAAGUUUCAAUGGCAAACCGUGCCACACGCUCCUCUGUGCUUGAUAUGCUGCUAGGCGGGGCACGGCAAGUUGGACUGAGUGUCUGCCAACACAUUAGGCUUCUGUUUGAGGAGUUGGUGAGCCUAAGGGAGAAACAGACAGGAUUGGAACCAGACCUGUCAGAAGAGGGCCGGGAUCAAGAUGUCGUCCAGUCAGGACAGGGCAAGGGGGUGCUGCAAGACAAGUAUACUGGUCAUUCUGUGAUUGUCAUGGCCCCAAAGAAAUUGAAGACCGGGAGAGAGCUUCAGCUGGCCUCCAUGUCGAAGCUUACAAGCAAGUCUUCAAGCCAGCAUUUCUUCCUUCGCAUAAUCAAGGUGAUCAUACAGCUGCGGGAGGCAGCACGCUCUGCCAAUAAGGUGAAGAAGGUCUCUGGAGCGUCUGCUGCAGCUGCUGGCACUGGUGCCAGUUCUCGUCACCUACGUGAUAUCGGGGAAGCCAUGGCUCUGUUGGAGGCUGAAGCUGACGCCAUUAUGCAGUUUGUGACUCGUCGUCGUGACGGAAGCAACCACGCGCCACCAGCUGUUGAGAUAAACAUUCAGGAUGCGGGAGAGGAUGGGAAUGACGCGGACACCCCACAUGUGCCGCCGCCUGUACAUGGAGCGGUGGGGCUCGGGGCCGAAGAGGAAGGGGCCGGGGCAGCUGAACAGGAGGGGGAGGCACCCAUGGAGACCGACAAGCCUGGUACUUCCGGAGAGUCGGAACCUCCCAAGGAGACAAACGAGGUCCAACUGCCACGCCUAAGUGAGCAACUAGGGCUGGAAGAACUGUGGGUGCACCUUGGCGAAUGUCUUACGGAGCUAGACAAAACGCCCGACCACCAUGCUGUCCUCAUCCUUCAGCCCGCUGUUGAGGCUUUCUUCCUGGUUCACGCUGGAGAGAAGGAAGGCAAGGGCAAGGAAUCGGGCCCAGCAAAGCGUGAAGACCAGCUCGCCCAUCUUAAUGUAGACAUGCCGGCCUCACCCCAACCCUCUGGUUCAGCUGUUGACCGCCCAGGACUCAAUCGGGAAAACAGUAUGCAGACAAGCAUCACAGCCUCCCUGCCUCCCGAUGCCCAGAAGUUCUUAAGAUUUGCUGAGACCCAUCGAACAGUGUUGAACCAGAUACUUCGUCAGUCGACCACUCCUCUGACAGAUGGCCCGUUCUCUGUGCUGGUUGACCACACAAGGAUUCUCGACUUUGAUGUGAAGCGACGCUACUUCCGACAGGAGCUAGACAGGAUGGAUCGAGGCAUGAGGCGCGAGGAUCUGGCUGUGCACGUGAGACGAGAGCAUGUGUUUGAAGAUUCAUUCAGGGAGUUGUUCCGGAGAUCUGCUGAUGAAUGGAAACAUAGAUUCUACAUUGUGUUUGAAGGUGAGGAUGGACAGGAUGCAGGUGGGCUUCUGCGAGAAUGGUACAUCAUCAUCGCCCGUGAGAUAUUCAACCCAAUGUACGCCCUCUUCACCAUCUCGCCCGGCGAUCGCGUCACCUACACCAUCAACACUCUAUCCCACUGUAACAGCAACCAUCUCAGCUACUUUAAGUUUGUUGGCCGCAUCAUCGCCAAGGCCAUCUACGAUAACAAGCUCAUGGAAUGCUACUUUACCCGGUCCUUCUACAAGCAUAUUAUUGGCCAGGCUGUCAAGCACACUGACAUGGAGAGUGAGGACCACUCAUUCUAUAAGAGUCUUGUAUUCCUGCUCGAGAACAACGUCAAGGACCUCGGCUAUGAGCUCACAUUCAGCACUGAGAUUCAAGAGUUUGGUGUGAACCAGAUCAGGGACCUGAUUCCUGACGGUCAAAACAUCUUAGUUACGGAACAAACAAAGUAUGAUUACGUCAAGUACGUGUGCCAGAUGAAGAUGACCGGGGCUAUACGGCAGCAACUGAAUGCUUUCAUGGAGGGGUUCUACGAUAUCAUCCCGAAGAAGCUCAUCUCCAUUUUCAACGAACAGGAGCUAGAAUUGUUGAUAUGUGGACUGCCAACAAUUGAUAUUGAUGAUCUGAAGUCAAACACUGAAUAUCACAAGUAUCAACAGACAUCAUUGCAGAUUCAGUGGUUCUGGCGAGCACUGCGAUCAUUUGAUCAGGCAGACCGUGCCCGAUUCCUGCAGUUUGUGACAGGAACGUCCAAGGUGCCGCUGCAAGGUUUCGCCCAUCUUGAGGGUAUGAACGGGACACAAAAGUUCCAGAUACAUCGGGAUGAUCGCUCCACAGACAGGCUACCUGCGGCACACACAUGUUUCAACCAGCUGGACCUUCCGGCCUACGAGACGUAUGACAAACUGCGCCAUAUGCUGUUGUUGGCCAUUAACGAAUGCUCAGAAGGCUUCGGGCUCGCUUAGACUGUCUUACCAUGAGGUUUUGGAUUGUGAAAACCUUUUUCUGUCUGAGGGAUUUGAGCUUGAAUAGACGUCUUAAACUGAGAGCUCGCUUUGACUUACACUUUCACUAAGCGCGUUAUAGACUGGCAUAUGUGUUUUUCAGUGAGUGCAUUUAAUUUGUGCAGGUGUAACUCACUGAAUGUUUUAGGCUUGCAAAGACCCCUCAGUUCAGUGGGUUAGGCUCACGUAGACAUCAUUUACGGAGAGCCGUGGACUUGCGUAGACAUCUCUCACUUUGUGCAAUUUACACAACUAUUCACAGAUUGUUGAUAAUCGUGAUCUUUAUCUAUAAAUAUUGAACAAUUUUUCAUUUUGACAAUGUGUACACAUGCACUUGUAUUAUACUAUGUUUUGAGUACAAUUCUCUCUAUUUUCUGCUGUUAAUGGUGAACAUAAUUGUGAUUAUCAUUAUGAAUAGUGUUGUUUUGUUUUGUACAUCAUUGGUUCAUUUGUUUGUUAUUUAAACUAUCCUUAUUGACGUCUACUUGUGCAUGUAUGUGUUAGUGCUCAGCUUGGAAGAGAUACAAAUAUCUUCAUUUAUGUACAUGGUGUUAAGAAAGGAACAAAUAUUAAGUGCUUUAUUUUUUGUGAUUUAACAUUUAGUGCAAUUCAUGAGCUACUGUUUAGUUACCAUUGUGUUAGCUGAAGAGCUGUAAUUUGCUGUAUACUGUUAAAGAUACAAACUUUAAAGUGCUAUAUUUUUUUGAUUGAACUUAAAAUUUAUAAGCUAGGAUUUAGUUUCCAUUCACAAUUUGCAUCAUGUGACGGCCAAACAUAGAUUUGCUGCAUUUGUGAAUUGUACUUCAUCAUAAUUAUUUAUUAACUGGUAGUGCUAACCUCAAUUCUUGAUUUUCAAUGUCAUUUGAAUAUGAAAUAUUAACAAAGGAAUAUUUAAGCGUAAAAGCAGACUCUGGAAAAAUUCUGUGACAUGGGAAAGCGUGUCGUAGGCAGAUGAUGAACCAUUGAAGAUUAAGUGUAAGACUGACAAAUGUAACUACUAGUUUAUAUGUAGUUACCUAGUCUUGUCCUUGGCCAUAGAAAUGUAUUGGCUAUCUCCUUGCUAGUUCCGUGUAGGCAACGACAACAUGAAGAGGUAUGUGCUGCAUAGCAUGUUUCAGAAAUCGUCGUUUUGUAAAAAAUGUUUGAAUACAUGUCUGUGGAUUGAGGGAAAGGUCGGAAUUGAACACUUUGCAUUUAAAUACUAGAACUUGUUAUUACUAACAAUUGUUAUAUUGUAUAUUGUUUAUACAUGUAUAUUGUUUAUACAUGUAUAUUGAUUUCUUCAUUGUUUUCAACUUUAGUCUGUGUAGAUUUGUUAUAUAUAUUUUGCAGAUAUUCAUGAAUGCAUUAACUCCAGUGCUAUGUUAAGGAAUGUAUGCUGUUGGUAUUCAAUAUUGUGGUAUAUGUUACUUGUGUAAAACUUGACUUGUUGGGCUAGGGUCUUGCUUCUUUAGAGGAAAAACGAACAUCUGAACACACAAUGGAGAUUCUUCAGACUGCUUGCCUAAAACUUAAUGUAAAUCAUUCAAUCAGAAAAUUGAAAGUAUUCUCAGAAUUCAGCUGUUCUUUUAAAAAACAAAUGAACAUGUGAUAUACCCAUACAAAGGGAUUUGGUUUAUAAAAAUCAUGUCAAAGUUCUACCAGAAUAAUCUAGGAUCUGAAUUGAUUCAAGAAAUUCUAAACAAAGGAAAGAAAAUUACAAUCGUGUUUGUUAAAAAGCAAAUCCUCAAAGGCCCAAAUAUGUUGGGUUGCCUGCAAGUUUUGUUUAUAUUAUUAUAGUGCUACUAUUGUGUCACUUCGAAUUGCCUUUGUUGAUGUUUGACACUAGUAGCUUAUUUAAAACAUACAUUUAUCAAAUUUAUGAAGAAUUCGUACAAAAUGAAGUAAAAGUAAGUUUUUGUAACACUCAUAUCUAGCCGGUAUUGACCUGGUCUAAUAUAUGUUAAAACUAGUUAAUUUGUAAUGUCCAAGUAUACUUACAUGUACAGAUAUACAAUUCUAAAUUGAAGAAUGUGUUAAUAUAAGUGAAAACUAUGGAUGACUUGUCUUGAAGCCUGUUACAUUUGUCUGAUUCUUUGUAAAUAAAUCAUGUUUUGAAA